CUUGUUAGUCUCCCUCAGAUGUCAAGCAUGACUCCUGCCAAAACCGCUGCUGUUAUUACCGGGGAAUACUCGGAAGAAAAGUUCAUUGCUAAACAGAAAAGCAAAAUAAUGAAAAUAACAAUAGAGAAAAGGCGCCGAGAUCGGAUAAACAGCAGCAUCAACCAGCUGAAGACUUUGCUGGGAAGGGAAUUCCAAACCGAAGAACCGAACAUGAAACUGGAGAAAGCGGACAUCCUGAAAAUGACAGUGAAUUACCUAAAGUAUCACAAUCAGCAGCUCAGGGCAGCAAGCUGCCCGACCGGUAACGCAGAGCGUGACUAUAACGAAGGAUACUCCCGGUGUUUACAGGAGGCGCUGCGUUUUUUCUCUACACAAGAAGGCAGAAGCGACAUUCAGAAGAAGCUGGUGACGCGCUUCCAAAGAACACAACAACAGUGUCCGGCCAAGGCUCUACCUUACGGCGUAUACCUUCCCUACACGGCUUCUUGUCAAACUGGCACUGAGCAGUCAGCUCAGCUCAACCCUGCGGCUCUCUGGAGACCCUGGUAGAGCUUGAACCAGAAACAGCAUGCCUGUAAGACUCUUCCUUGUUUACUGGGCGAUAGUGAACCCGCUGUAGGAGAAUCGUUCUCCAGUACCAGGCAUAACGAUUUCGUGAUAAGAUUGGAAGUGUUGUGAGCUUUUCUUCAUAUUGAAGAAGGUGUAUUUUCCUGAUCUAGGGAGCGUGUCGUUUUGUAAAUACUGCUCGGUCUAUAUGGUAUUGGCGAAUCAUCCAGAUACUUUAUUGCAAUCAUCUUCGACAAAUUAAUUAUAAUAAAAAGUAGCUUGUGUAGGAGGAAUGCUUCUCCACUUUAUUUCUGCAGAUCCUGGGCCGGGAUCAUAUUGUUCUUCAUGGUGAAGAGAUGCUGCAAAUUUUGGGGUAAAUUGUGUGAGGAGUGGCGGGCGGGACUCUGCGCAGAUAGUUGUUGUUAGAUUACGUAUGAAUGAAAAGAUCAGGAUAUCUUACUCCUUGAUUUCUCUCAUCUGACACACAUUGCACCCAACCCCCUCCCGACUCUUAGACCCUCUUUUUGUCUCCAGUCAACAACUGUUGGGUAGAUAGUCGAUGAGGUGGUGGGUUGGGUAGGGAUAUUCUCUCUCAGUUGCGCUCUUUCCAACUCCUGGUGAAGUGGUGGUUUAGGAAAUCACACUCUCUUCCAUGUCUUCGAUUCACCCAGUCGCGGGUGAUUCUCUACCCCGACGCUUUCUUCAGUACCAAGUCUCAUCUUUGUUAGAAAGAGACCAGGAUCAUUUCAUUCAGUUGAUAUGACAAUCUACCGACAAUUCUGGCUUGAUCAUCUUAAACAAAAUGUCUAUCUCUUGACUGCCAAUGCCCCAUAUUAAAUUAUCUAUCUCAACGGAAACUGUACCUAUCUGUUUUUUCUCCCUAUAGCUAUCUCUGGUGUUUCCUAAUUGUCUCUCUCUGGUCUCGACUCUUCAAUAUUUGCAACGCACACGUCAGUUGCGCUACACUGAUAAGAGUGGCUUUCACAUGUACUAAUGACGCCCGUUGUAACUCAGCACUGCUAAUAUUUGCUGUUGGUGUGUUACCUGACUAUCUGUCACUGCUGGGGCAUAACUUCCAACAGAUCAGUGGUGGGACUGUUACCAGUACUCGGAUGUCUCUGGUAAUUCACUGGGGACAGCCCGGGCUGAUAAACCUGUUCGGCAUCUCAGAUUUUACCGCUAACUUAUUCAAUACAAGAUCGCUUCUUUACAUCCUUGCAAUCUGCGUUCCUUUUCAUUCUCGCCCUUCCUACAUCCGUCUGGCAUUUGUUGGGCGACUCUGUAAAUGGUUCUAAUGUUUGUUUUCCUUUAUGUAAAGAGAGAUAAAUAUUAUUUUUGAAAUUUUGUCUACAGAUAUUGUUGGUACUCCGUUAACUUGUACACUGUCAAAAUAAAUACCCCGAUUGAAUGUAAA